GAAUUGAUCAGAAACAAAGUUUCAGCAGUAGUAGACAUUCACAUGGAAAGAAAAGUACUUUCCAAAACAAUGACGCUGGCAGAUGUGAGUUCAACCGGCCGGGAAGCCUGUCCCGCGAUUGGUUUCAGUCCCACGAAGCCAUGUCACGAACGUGGCGAUCACAAGGCUGACAAGGAGUUAGCCGACGAAUAUAAAGACGAAAUAGAUUCCUGGUUGUCGCUUGACCCCGAUAGCGACGGUGAUCAGCAGAAUAGUAAUGGGUACUCUUGUGGGGAGGUUGAUUGUUGUUUAGACCAUAAAGGGUAUAAUUCAGGUUUCGAAAAUGAUCAGUGCCAAGUUUGCUACAAUCCCCAGCAGUGUCAGUACGGCAUUUACCAGGGGAAUAUUACUACAAGUGAAAGGCUUGUGACCUUCCCAUUAGUGGGAGCCUCGGAACAACAACCAGAACAACAAUACUGGAAGGACUUUAACUUGGGAAUGGAAUACGAGAUGGCGAAAGCUCGGUUCGUUCACAACCCUUUGGGGAGUCAGAGUGUGUCUGUACCGUUUUUGGAUGCUGGCAUCAUACCAGAGGCAACAAUGCGCAACAUAUCAGACUCAUACGGUAGAAAUCCACAAGGGCAGUUUGGCACACAGUAUUCAAGCACAGCGCUUCCAGUGCCACCCAAGUUCACUCAUAUCAUGAAUAGGGAAGCAAAAGUUCAAAGAUACAGAGAGAAAAGGAAGACAAGGAAGUUUGAGAAGACAAUACGGUAUGCCUCAAGGCAGGCCUACGCAGAGACUCGUCCCAGAGUCAGGGGAAAGUUUGCAAGGGAAGCUGAGAAGGAGGAGAGUGAACGAGAUCAGAUGUUCUCAAUGGAUACGCAUCCCCAUGGAAUUGGUCCCCCAUUCUAAAUACCCGUAAGAGCAAGUCCACCCGUAGGCUAUUCGGGUUAUCAAAGUCAAACUUGACAAAGUAUAUGGCAGGGUGGUGCUCCACCCAGAAGCCGAUGUUUUAUUCUGAUCAAACCCAUAAGCCAAAGUUGAUGCUGAAAAAAUGACAAAUUCAUCUUUGGUACGUGCCAAAUAUGUGAAAUUAUCUAGGUGAGUAGACCUUCAUCAAAAAAUAAAACGGGUUUAAUUCAAUAGUCCAAAUUUGAGAUUGUGGUAAAAUGAUACCAAAUUGGUACAGUAACAUUGCUAUUUGUUGACUUUUGACACAAGCAAGCCAUAAAAUGACUUGAUCAAAUCUAUUUUUGGCACUAACGGAUGGACUUGCUCUUAGAGAAGGAGAUAUAUGGGAAGGGAUAAAAAUAAGUAGGCAAGGGUACUGUUGUAGUUUACCUUACCUUUUUUUCCCCUACAAAAUGGAUAUGUGGAUAUACUAGUGCUCAUAUUCGUCAGGGAACAUUAUGCAGCUUAUGCUCAGCAUCACAUAGUUAUCUGCAAAGGACCCGCCGCUCCUAUGUCUGGAUCAAAUCUAGAUUCCCACGCACUAAAGAGUAUGUUUAAUCCCACACCAAACGGCUAUGGAUACAUGAAUCAAAGUGAACGAAAAAUGUGAAGUAAUCACCUAUCGAAACAACUUGUUGAUACUGUUGUAGUUUCGUAAGCAAUUGCAGUGAUGAGAAUAACUUCUGCUCCUCGCAUUCUUUCAACCUCAUUACUCUAAGUUACUGCUGGUGGGCGGUGGCGGAGCCAUGAUUU